AUGCUUCCGACGAAACUGUCAAGCACGGCGCCUCUUGUACGACCUUCACCGUUGUGCACCACCACGACUCUGCUCACCGCCAGCAUGAUUCGCAUACGCCAUCCACAGGGUACUUCUUCGUUCAAGAUAGAUGACAGCACAACCACGCUAGGUCAAUUGCAAGGCUACAUCGCUGAGCAAUUUGGGAUAGGGGCGUCGGAGCAGGAGCUUAAGAUCGGCUAUCCGCCCAAGACCUUGCGUCUCAGCUCGGUGGGUGAUGGUGCGCUGCUGAGCUCGGAGGACGUUGGCAUCAAGAGAGGAGAGCAGGUGAUUGUGGCUCGAAAGGCGGGCAGCGCUGCUUCGACGUCAAAUGGUGCUGCACAGUCUGUUGCGACACCGUCAUUGCCAGCUCAAAGUGCGAUUUCUUCGUUCGGCGCUAUGGGUGGACCCAAACCGAACAUUUCCACUGCGACAGGUCCGCGCACAUCAUAUGGACUGGGUGCAAGAACGCUCCAGGAUGGACUCACUGCACGAGCUGCUCUUCCUUCUUCCAACCCUUCAACACCCGGCAGCGUCACCGACGGCAGCGUUUCAGUAGCCAUCCCAUCCUCCCCUUCAUCACGACUUACACUCAAAGUGGUGCCAGACGACAACUCCUGCCUCUUCAACUCUGUCGGCUACCUCUUCAACCAACGACUUGGCUCCGAUGUCUGUCAAAAUCUUCGUCAGACAGUCGCUACAUCCAUCCGUUCGAAUCCGGACGAGUAUCCGGACAUUGUACUCGGUCAGCCACGGGACAGCUAUAUCUCAAAGAUUCUCUCACAGACGACAUGGGGUGGAGCGAUCGAGCUCUCGAUCCUCUCAGAGCAUUUCGGCGUGGAGAUCGAUUCGAUCGAUGUGGCUACUGGAACCGUGCAUCGAUUCGGAGAAGACAAGGCGUACGAGAAUCGCGCGAUUGUGGUGUACUCAGGAAUCCAUUACGAUGCUCUCACGUUGAAAGAGGGAAAGGACGAGACUACGAUAUUUCCGAAUCUUGCAGCGAUCGGGAUAGCGAAAGAUGAGGACGAGGUGAUGAGUGCGGCGAAGCAGCUGUGUCAGGAGUUGAAGAGGAGGAAGUACUACACGGAUACAGCGAGCUUCAGCUUGAAGUGCAAGACGUGCGGGACAAAGCUGACGGGCGAGAAGCAGGCGGUACAGCAUGCGAAGGAGACCGGACAUGGGGACUUUGGCGAGGUCUGA